AUGAUUUACAAGAUCAUCGAAAAACCCGUUCACGCGGACAUCGUCUCGACGCCGUCUGCGGAUCAAGUCAGCUACCACGAGGAGCCUACCACGCCCAAUGCGCCUCACAGGACACAUGGUAACGGGAACCAGACGGUAACGACGACUUACAGAUAUCGCGAACGCGGUCGUGAACCGACACCCAUUGACCAACGUGGUCGUGGAUAUGGUGGAGAUCCUGGCCAUUUGCGUGACGGAGAUCCCUCAAAAGGGUCGACCACACACGGUGCCCGAGUUGAAGGCACCCGGCACAAACAGUACGGUGACGCCGCCGACCACGGACCGCACCGCUCCCAUGCAAACGGAGCAGCUUUACAACAACUCCAACACCACGUCCACGGCCCACGUUACCCUAUCCACGGACACCGCGUCAAUGACGUAUGGUAUGGCAAGCAAGCUGGUGAAGGUGUUAAACACAUAGGUGAUGGUCACAAGCGCGGCCACUCUGUCGAAGUGAUGCAUGGUCACUUUGGCGACGUUUUGCGGGUGCCGGGUGGUUAUGAGCACGGCGGAAUGCACUUUAGCGACCAUAAGCCCAUGCACCUUGGGGACCACAGACACGCUCACUUUGGUGAUCAUCAACACGUACACUUUGGAGACCACAAACACGGGAACGUCGGAGAUCACAAGAACUUAGGGCGUCACAAUUUUGAGCACUUUGGCGGUCACAGGUUUAAUAAGCAUUUCGGCGGUGUUGGUCACGGAAACAUUGGAGGUGCGUGGCCUCAGUCUGGUUCAGGUGUCCAUGGACAAAACCAACGCGAUCGACCAACUGAACCUCCGAGAGAGUACCAACAUACUGACAACCUGCACAGGAAUGUCGCCAAGUUCAGUACCUCAGCACGUGGUCAAUACGGCCACAGUGCAGCCGAUGCGGAUUCGGCCGGUCCAAACGCCGCUUAUCGUGAGCUCGAUGAUCAUGGAUUUCCACGGCUACUGCACGAUCACAAAUUCAGUAACCACGUUUACGGACACCACAGUACGGGUGGUUAUCAAGUACAGGAAAACGUAGCAGAUUUCGAUGGCAUGACUCCGAUCGCGGUCCCACAACCAUAUCCGGCCACCACUGCACAAGUGUUCCAGGUUGACCAAAAAUACCCUUCUCCGGCGUCGGGUAUCGGUGGCGGUGACACGCUGGACGGGAUGUCGUCGGUUUCCGCCAUCGCUUCGCCACCAACCGUCAACAACGUUUACUACACGCUCGAUCCCGUCGUGCCCUACAACGACGUGGCACUGCAACCUCAGCGUGAACAGUUGUUCGACGGUGGGGUGCCGAAAACAAAAUAG